UCUUUCUCUUUUGUUUUGUUCCUUCCUUUCUAUAGGGACUCUCCAUUCUCUGUCUAGACAUGGAACACCAGAAGGGCGUUGCAGAUAGAUAGGGCAUCAUGCCGGCAUGGUGGACGAGGUCUUCUUCACCGAAGGAGGCGAAGAAGAAGAAGAAGGACGCCGAUUCCGGCAAGAGCAGGCGCAGCACCGAACGGGAAAACCCUAACCCUAGUCACGCUCCUGCUGCAGCCGUCCCGCCCGCCGUCGCGUUCAAUUCGUCGGUGAGGAGCGAACUCGGCUUGAAUUCUGGACGUAUCCCGUCCAGUUUCGCGUUCGAAGCCGAGCAGCGGGCGGGCCGGACGCACCCGCUUCCUCGGCCGUCGGGGCUUUCUGCGGCGGAUCCGGCAGCCUCGUUCUGCUCCGACACCAGCGACAGCUCUACCGGCUCGUCCGCGGAUCUAGGGUUUCCGAUUUACAGGAACACGGAUGGCUUCGAAAUUCCACGAGAUACCAGUUCAAAAUUCGGACUUCAAAGUCAGCAGCAGUUUGCAGAGCACAAACAAUUCCUCUCUGGUAGCCCAGGGUGGGAGCAGAUAAGACAUCAUAAUGGCUUUAACCAUUUUGUACACGGUUCAUCAUUAGGCAGCAACAAUGGCCCAUCUUCUCUGAAGGGAGAUUCAGAUUUAUCCUUCCCAGUUGCUUCUAAUUAUUCCUUUUCUCCACCUCGAGUUUCUACAGACACAAGAAUAAGUCUGUCCCAGAGAAGACAGAGCACCAACCAUUCUUUGGUACCUAGUCCGAACCAUUCUUUGGCACCUAGUCCUAGGGCAAGAAGUCCGGGUCCAGGUUCACGAGUUCAUAGUGUUUCCACAACUCCUUUGCAUUCACGGCCUGGAUCACCAAGAUCGAGACAAGAUGACAGCAGAAUUCAGUGUCAUCCACUGCCACUUCCCCCAAAUCCCACCUCACCUACACAACAUGGUUCUACUAGCUGUUCUACUUCACCAACAGCACAUAGCAGUUCCAGGGGUCUAUCUUCAAGAAGUUCAAUGACAUACAAUGGUUCAUUCGUCAAGUCCAAGUGGAAGAAAGGAAGAUUGCUGGGAAGGGGAACUUUUGGGCAUGUUUAUGAAGGAUUCAACAGUGAAAAUGGGCAAAUGUGUGCAAUAAAAGAGGUCAAAGUAAUUUCAGAUGAUCAAAAUUCGAAAGAAAGUCUCAGGCAAUUGAGCCAGGAAAUAUCAUUACUUAGUCAGCUCUCUCAUCCAAAUAUCGUACAAUAUUAUGGCAGUGAGAUGGAUGAAGACACACUAUCAGUUUUUCUGGAGUAUGUUUCUGGGGGAUCCAUUCAUAAACUACUUCAGGAAUAUGGCCAGUUUGCAGAACCAGUUAUUCGGAAUUUCACAGGGCAGAUUCUUUCAGGGCUCGCUUACUUGCAUCAAAGGGACACUGUCCACAGAGACAUCAAAGGAGCUAAUAUACUAGUUGAUCCUAAUGGCGUGAUUAAGCUUGCAGACUUUGGCAUGGCCAAACAUGUUGGUUCUUGUUCCUGUCCACUAUCUUUCAGAGGAAGUCCAUAUUGGAUGGCUCCUGAGGUUAUAAUGAACACCAACGGAUAUAACUGGGCGGUGGACGUGUGGAGUCUUGGUUGUACAGUUAUUGAGAUGGCCACAUCAAAACCACCAUGGAUACAAUAUGAAGGGGUUGCUGCAAUAUUUAAAAUUGGAAACAGCAAAGAGAUCCCAUCAAUCCCUGAUCACAUAUCUGAUGAAGGAAAAGACUUCCUGAGGCAAUGUCUACAGCGUGAUCCAUCUGCACGCCCUACUGCUGCAAAACUUAUGAACCACCCCUUUGUAAGAGACCAAGGAAUAACAAAAGAACCAAGGAUCCAAUCUUAUACAGACCAUGGGACUUCUUCUCCUUACAGCACCCAUUCAUUGUCUACUUCUCCUAGGCAGACAAGUAUCCAAUUGUCUAACAGUGCAAGGAUGUCUCCCAUGCAUGAUGGAGAUUACAAACCAUACCGUUCAAUUGGAUUCCCAAUCUCACAUGAGAUCUCAAGUGGAGCAUUGACGUCGAGAAGGAAUAUGUCAUUGCCUGUUUCUCCUUCAUCAAGCCCACUAAGGCAGUUCAAGUCCACCAUGGGGAAUGGGCCGAGCGGCUGGAUCUCACCACCUCAUCUGACAUCUGUCGCAAGUAGGGGGGGUGGUUACCCAGCGGAGUACCCGAUCCUCCCACGGGUGCAGCUGAAUUCGAACCACAUCGAUCCAGAAAUAUACCAGAUGAUGACAACACCAGAUGGCUCGCCGAGAGUCCGAACUGAGUAUAGGUAAUUUAUCUUUCAAGGGGUUCCAAGGGUAAUGGACGGGCAGAGUAGAGACGACACUAUAUAAUAUCUGCUGCAUUCAAAAGCCAUAUCUAACUUGCCAUGAGUUUUCUCUUUCACCUUUUUCGGAAAGAGCAUCAUCCUUUUGGAGGGUUGUGAUUUCUCUGGUGUGGCUACAAGAUCCCAUACUGUUAAGCAUUCAUGGCAGUCUCGGCCCUCGUGUUUCCAAUAAUCUGAUGAGAAGAUACUUCCUUUUUAGUUCAGUUGUCUGUACAGAGAAAAUGCUGUAUUGAAAAAAAUAUAGAAGCUAUGAAUUGCUUUCUAAGGUUCGCCAUUUUUUUCAA